GUUCCCUAGCUCCGUCUUAGGGCCACAUUCUACGCUAGAGCGCCUGUCUUCCGCCCGCUGUGCUGAGGUCCUCGAAACUUAUGUUUCCGGGUGCCGCUUCUGUCACAAAGCCUAGACCUCCCUUCACAGGUGGCGUCACGGGUCCUCUGCGCCGCGCCCGAGGUCAGCAAGCAAGGACAGGCGCCUCCCAGCCUGCAGCCGGAGCCGGGCCUCGCAGCAGCUCGGGGACUGCAGCUCAAGCCACACGUUCCUUGGCCCACACCUGCCUCCGAGUCACGCUCUGCCCUGUGAGGUGCAGCAUUUGACAAGUCAUUCCCCAGCCCCCACAAGCCACGUUCCCAGCUUCGGAGCUAACAAUCCUUAGCUUUGAGACUCCCUCCCUUCUGCCUCCAUACAUAAGGCUUUUUUUUUUUUUUUUAACUUACCAUAGUUGAUUUUCUCUUGUGUAAAAUUAAAUUUGGAGUUCCGGGUGCCGUGCAGAAAGAUUAAGACUCAGCACCCGUUUGAUUCAAAACAAGUUCAUGCUUAUUAGUCUGUUGGAAAAGUGAAUCCCAGCACACACAGGAUACUAUGGCUGAACACGGGGCUCAUAUCACAACUGCUUCGGUGGUGGACGACCAGCCAUCUAUCUUUGAGGUGGUAGCACAGGACAGUUUAAUGACAGCAGUGAGACCCGCUCUUCAGCAUGUGGUCAAGGUUCUUGCAGAAUCAAAUCCUGCACACUAUGGCUUCUUCUGGAGGUGGUUUGAUGAAAUCUUCACUCUGCUAGACUUUCUGCUCCAGCAGCAUUAUCUUUCUAGAACCAGUGCCUCAUUUUCUGAACAUUUUUAUGGCUUAAAGCGGAUUGUAGCAGGGAGCUCACAGCAGCCUCAGAGACCAGCCAGUGCUGGUCUUCCCAAGGAGCACCUCUGGAAAUCCACCAUGUUCCUUGUUCUUCUACCCUAUCUGAAAGUAAAGCUGGAGAAGCUGGCUUCCAGCUUGAGAGAAGAGGAUGAAUACUCUAUUCACCCCCCUUCCUCUCACUGGAAACGAUUCUACAGAGCCUUCCUGGCGGCCUACCCAUUUGUUAACAUGGCCUGGGAAGGUUGGUUUCUUACACAACAACUUCGAUACAUCCUAGGAAAAGCUGAGCAUCACUCUCCCCUGCUGAAACUGGCUGGAGUUCGGCUAGGUCGACUGACAGCUCAGGACAUACAAGCUAUAGAGCAUAGACUGUCUGAAGCCAGUGUGAUGCAGGACCCUGUCAGAAGCGUUGGUGAGAAGAUAAAGUUAGCUCUGAAGAAAGCUGUGGGAGGCAUCGCCUUAUCCCUCUCCACCGGCCUUUCUGUGGGUGUCUUCUUCCUGCAGUUCCUUGAUUGGUGGUACUCUUCUGAGAACCAGGAAACCAUCAAAUCACUGACUGCUCUGCCUACCCCACCGCCACCUGUACACCUAGACUACAACUCUGAUUCUCCCCUGCUACCCAAAAUGAAGACAGUGUGCCCUCUGUGUCGUAAAACUCGGGUGAAUGAUACAGUUCUUGCCACCUCUGGCUAUGUGUUUUGUUACCGCUGUGUGUUUAAUUAUGUGAGGAGUCAUCAAGCCUGUCCCAUCACAGGCUAUCCGACAGAAGUCCAGCAUCUGAUUAAACUCUACUCUCCAGAGAACUGAAAGAAAUUAGCCUAUUAUCACACAGCUCAAGUUCUGUACUGUAAGGCCACAAGACUGCUGUGGUAUGGCAAACAUUGAUACUUCCCUAAUUCACAACUACAGUAAUUUUCAGUAACUAUGGAUUCCUUUAAAAGUAUAUAGCCACUCGGAGCGUUGGUGGCACCCGUCUUUAAUCCCAGCACCCUGGAGGCAGAGGCAGGCUGAUCUCUGUGAGUUCGAGACCAGUCUGGUCUACAGAGCGAGUGCCAGGAUAGGCUCCAAAGCUACACAGAGAAACCCUGUCUGGGGGGGGGGGAGAAGGAUAUAGCCACUUGAUCCUAAUGUUUUGAUUUGCUCUCUAGCAAGCUGGUUAAGCAGGAGAAUUGGGAUUGCAGGUGGUGUGAGGGCCAGUGUGGAGGUGGAUUAAAGAAGACCACUAAGUGUUGCUUGUCCUCAAGAGUGGGGUUUUCAGCUGAAUGUGGUCGUGUCAUAUCUGCACUCAGGAAGCAGGAUUUUGAGUUCAAGGACAGCUUAGGCCACCAUAGGGAGCCUGUCAAAAAAGUAAAAAGAUAAAAGUAAAAAGAAAGUGAGAGACUAUGAUUAAGAGGGAUAAAAAGCUCACAGGAAAACCCAGGUCAGACCUUAUACAACAGGUGGUUUGAGAAAUAGGCCUUCUCUUUAAAAAAUAUUUCUUUACCUGUGAAGUGUAGAGGCUUUGUCAGAUGGCAUACACUAUGAAAUGACUUCCUCUUUCUAGAAAUAUUUAGGGACAUUUUAGAGAAACAACCCCUUCCAUAUACCAGACUUACUAACAUUUGAUUAUCAAAUUAACAAAUGCUAAUUGUCAGCAUUUGGAGAUUCCUUCAUGAGCCAUACCUGUCUCUCUUGGGAAACAGGUUAAAGAAAAAUAGGGUUUGUUAAUGGGGAUGAGUCUGGAAAUUUCAAUGUGAAUGAAAGCUAGCAAGCAAUGAUGAGAUGUAGGAAAAUACUUAUCUAAUGUUUACCAAAUGCUUAUCUAAUGAACAUUUAAUGAGGAGCAAAAGCUUUCUACUUGCUCUUAUGAGUUUUCUCAAUUGACAGUUUGCUCAAUUGACAUGAAUCACCCAGGGUAUUAUGAAAGUUUCUAUGAAACAUUUAAGUAAAUUUUAACAAUACAUGAUUCUGGGAAAGAACUGUUCAUGCUGGCACGAUUAUGUGGAAACUCAAAAGAUUACUCCAGGGGUUUAAAAUAAAUUUUCAGAUCACCUUUGACUUCUUUAAGUAUUCCUGUAUUGAUUAAAGUUUUGCUUAUUAAAAA